UUUCAUUGGUAACAGUAAUCAAAACACUGCUCUUUCUCUUGCCAGGCGCCGCGUGCUCUCUCUCUCUCUCUCUCUCUCUCCCCCCUUUCUGUAAUCCCUCCAAAUGACCACUCCAUCACCGCCUUCAUAACCCAACAUCACACCUACCCUCUCUUUCUCUUUCUCCUCUUCCCACCAAAGUUCAACACCACAGAAUACAACAUGUUGGACUCUUCACAUCUUCCUCGGUGGCUCGAAGCCCUUUUAGGAGAGAAGUUCUUCAACGCCUGUAUAAUUCACGAGGAAGCUAAGAAGAACGAAAAGAACAUCUUUUGCUUGGAUUGUUGCCAUAGUAUUUGCCCUCACUGCUUGUCUCCUCAUCGCUCUCACCGCCUCUUACAGAUAAGAAGGUAUGUGUAUCAUGAUGUUAUAAGAUUGGGUGAUGCUGAGAAAUUAAUGGACUGUGCCUUUGUUCAAUCUUACACGACAAACAGUGCAAAAGUGGUGUUUCUAAAUCAAAGGCCACAGACUCGGUCAUGUAGAGGCUCAGGCAACAUCUGCUUCACCUGCGAAAGAGGCUUACAAGACCCAUAUCUCUUCUGUUCUCUCUCCUGCAAGGUCUACUCACCAGUCUCUCUCUUACCCAUUUUCCAUUUCCACCUUUUCUCAUCUGGGUUUCUCUUCUUUUUCUCUCAGAUUCAACAUAUCCUGAGAACUGAGGGCAAGCUUUCCAGCUACAUCUUCGAGUGUUUGUACCUCACGUUGCCUGAAUCGGGUUUCGACGACGGCCAAAUGACCCCAGACACGGUUCUGGAACAGGCCGGCUCGCUGAGGACAUCGUCGGGGUCGAGCGGAAGUGGCGGUGUCGCCGGGGAGGUGGGUUGCCGGACAAUGGGUUGCACCGCCACGACCGAGAUAGCGAGGAAGAAAAGGAGCAGCGUUUCGGCGUCUCGGCCGGAAUUUCGGCCGGUAUGUGCGCCGGGAUCGGAGAUUUCGGUGGGUAUGAUGAACCGUCGUAAGGCCACUCCUCACCGGUCUCCACUUUAUUGAUUUCUGUACGAAAAAAGUGAUGAGAGAGAGAGUGAGGAGGGGGGUUGGAUUGGAACUUGUGUUUUUUGAAAGGGUAUUUUAGGGAUUAAACAAAUUAUUGGAACCUCCCAGUUUUGUAGAUUACACACAUCUCUCUGUGAUUUGUUAUAGAGCAUUAUGUAAGAAUUUUAUAUUUGGUUUUGCUUUUUUACUUGUUUGCAGAAAUGUUUUUUUUUUAUUGUUAUUAGUGAAUUAAAGAGGUAUAGUUGAAGAAUUGUUUUAAUUUGGCUGGAA